UCAGCAGGGGGCGACACGUGCCAAUGCCAAACCCGGAAGUUACAGAACAAGCUCGCUCAGCUCUGCACUGCACGUGUGCGAGGAUAGAAAUCACAUUGGCAGGACAGCAGCGCCACGAUGAAGAGACCAAAGCUUAAAAAAGCGAGUAAACGUGUGUCAUGUUCCCAACGCUUUAAAAUACAAAAGAAGGUCCGGGAGCACACGAGGAAGCUCAGAAAGGAGGCAAAGAAGAAAGGAGUGAGCAAAAGAGUGAAGAAAGACCCCGGUGUGCCCAGCAGUGCUCCGUUCAAGGAGGAGGUCCUGAGGGAGGCCGAGCAGAGGAGGCUACAGAUUGAAGAAGAAAAAAAGAAAAAACGACAAGCCAAGGUAGAAGAGCGAGCCCAGAAAAGGAAAAAAGAGAAGGAGGAUGCGAAGAAAGGGACAGAGCCUGCAGCUAAGAGAGCUCGACAGGAAAAGGCUGAAAGGCAAUCAGAGAACAAAAGUGGACCAGACAAGAGCUCCAAACAGUAUCUGUGCUCUGAAUUAAACAAGGUAAUUACAGCCUCAGAUGUAGUAAUAGAAGUCCUCGAUGCUCGUGAUCCAUUGGGCUGCAGGUGUCCACAGCUGGAGGAGGCGGUGCUGCAGAGUGACGGCAAAAAGAAACUGCUUUUCCUUUUGAGCAAAAUAGAUCUAGUACCAAAGGAAAAUGUGGAGAGCUGGAUACAGCGGUUACAAAAGGAGUUUCCAGUGGUGGCAUUCAAAGCAUCAACACAGCUCAAGGACAAAACAAUGCGAUCCAAGAAAAGCCGGUUUGUGGCCUCUAAUCAGGUCUUGGACCGAUCCAGAGGAGCAGCAUGCUUCGGAAGCAGUUGUCUCACUGAACUACUGUCGAGGUUUGCUGCAAACUUAGAGGAGGAUGCCACACUCAAAGUGGGCGUAGUAGGUUUUCCAAACGUUGGGAAAAGCAGUCUUGUCAACAGCUUGAAAGGGAUCCUUGCUUGCAAUGCUGGAGUACAGAGAGGCAUCACAAAAUCCAUGCAGGAGGUGCACAUCCUGAAGAACGUGAAGCUAAUUGACAGCCCAGGAGUCUUGGCAUUACCGUCCAACCCGCCUGCCUCUCUGGCUCUGAGGAGCCUGCAGGUGGAGGAGGGUCAGGAGAGUGUGCAGGAGGCUGUUAGGACUGUGCUCAAACAGUGUGAUAAAACACAGAUAAUGCUACAGUACAAUAUCCCCGACUACAGAAACUCACUUGAGUUUUUAACCUUGUUCGCCAAGAAGCGAGGGUAUCUGCAGAAGGGAGGACUUCCAAACUCGGAGCAUGCAGCCACAGCUUUCCUCACUGAUUGGACAGGGGCCAAGUGUAGCUACAACUGUAAGGCACAGGAGAACUCCGGCUUGCCUGCAUACGUGUCUGAUGCUGUGGUCACUGAGAUGAAGAGUGGCUGGGAUCUGAACUAUCUGAAAACAGGCAAUGAGGAAACUCUGAAAGGAGUUAAAUUCCCGAACCAGGCCAGCAGUAUAAGCUUCAUCUCUAAAGGCCCAACUGCAGGACUGCUGAGUGUCGGCGACGUCUCUGCAGAAAAAGCUGUUCCUACCACCGUCGCCAUCGAUGAAGGAGAAGAGCAGAAUGAUGAGAAUAAUAAGCCUGAACAAACUGCUGUGGAUGAUAAAGAAUCAGAAGCACCGGAGAGCCCACAUAGGGCACAACCAAUAAAAAAAACAGCCCAUGUACAGUUCCAGCCGGUCCCCAUCGACCUCAGCCUCACUUCAGACGACGCCUACGACUUCAACACAGACUUUAAAUGAGCUUUGCCUCACUGUUUGGGAAGGUGCACUCAUGUGGUCUGGCUUUCAUGCAAACCUGGAUCUGCCCGCAAUAAGAAUCUGUGUGGUGUCAGGCAGGUCAUGUGUGUUUUUUAGGCCUGUACUUCAAUCUUGGCAUCAGUGGGGCAGUGAGACAGUUCCCAGUCCUGGAUCAACCUUUAUCAAAGACUACAUUUCUCACUUAAGAACUCCUAAAAUCUGUCUCAGAGUAGUCCCUGCCUUGGAAAUGGACUUCAUUCAUUCAGUGGUUCUGUAGAAAUCCACUUUGCCCUUGAUUUAUUGGUUGGGGAAACAAUUUGUAAAGGGUCCCAAAGGUCAUUUGUAAUCUCUUUGUUUUGUGCAGAAAACUGUAAAUAGAUGACAUACUAUAUGUAAUAAACCUCUACAAGACUA